UAGUUUUGUUUUCGGCUAGUUUGAACUUUUUAUCUUUAUUGUUUGGGUUGAGAUUAGGGUUAGAUUUGCAAAUCGGUGUCGGGAUAAUUUUCAGAUUCGAGUCUGGCGACUCCGAUUGCCGGUUGCAUUUGAAGAACCCUCUAGGGUUUACGUUCAGAUUUCUUGCCUGGCCGUAUUUCAAAAUGGGUAAGAACCAAGCAUACAAAGCAAUGCAGAAAGCCAGGCUGGGAUCCUCAAGUUCGGCUGGGCCGGUUGAAAUUGAAGAUGGAAUGGUGGAUGGUUCAUUUCAUUCACCAGAGUGGCAUGCUGCUCGUUUGGCCAGCCUUAAUACGUCUCACACGAUUACCUGGGAGGAAUAUAAGAAGAAGCAAAAGGAAGAUGAGUUGAAAAAGGGAGAGCUAGAAGCAGAUACAGAUAGAAUGAUGAAAGAAUAUCGAGCGCAAUUGGAUGCUGAGCGGGCACGUAAACUUGCUCAGGGGAGAAAUUGUUCUAGUAGCAAGAGUGGUCAUGAAAAGGAAAGGAAGAACAGAGAUUUAAAGAAGCGGAGCAAAAGAAGGAGAAAGCAUUCGAGGAGGAAAUCAUCCGAGUCUAGCUCCUCAAGUUCACCCUCGGAUUCAUCCAGCAGCGACGAAGAAGAAAGAGAAUCUAGAAGAUCCAGAUCCAGAUCAAAGAGAUCGAAGAGGGAAAAGAAGCACAAGUCUAGAACCAAGCACUCUUCAAGCGACGAUGAAGAGGCCGAUGGCCCCGUGCCACUUUCAAGAUUCUUUGAGAAAGUGAAGAAUUAAAGGGGCAUUUGUUCUGUAAUGUUUAUAGAAUUUCUAGUCUUGAAAUGGCGUAUUCGAUCCUCGCCUUCUUUUUCUUCUAAAUUUGCAUUCAAGUAUUGUUGUUUCGACUAUUGGCUUUCUAGAGUAGGAGCGGUCUAUGUCGUAGAAGAUCGGACCAAUGGUCGUAGGAGAUCGGAUCAAUGGGAUGAAAAGCGAGUCAUUUAACAACCAGGUGAUACAAAACUGCAAAUAUUCAACCCAGAGAGUAACGACCA